CUAUUAGUACACACAGAUAAUAAAUCAUGUUAGUACCUCCCUGCUCCUGUCAAAGCUGAAACAACAAGCCGGUUCAAUUUGAUAUUUGUAAAAUCUACAAAUAAAAUACCUAAAAUGGCUCUUUUACCAUUAGAAUCGAAUCCAGAUGUUAUGAAUAAGUUCUUGCAUUUACUUGGAGUACCUGAAAAAUGGAAUAUAGUGGAUGUGUAUGGUUUGGAUGGAGAUGCCUUAGCUUGGGUGCCAAGGCCUGUUUUAGCCGUUAUUUUACUAUUCCCUUGCAGCAACCAAUUUUAUGAACAUGCUGAUAAACAAUGCGAAGCAGUCAAAGAAAAAGGCCAAGUAGUCUCCCCAGAUGUGUUUUACAUGAAACAAUACGUUUCAAAUGCUUGCGGCACAAUAGCGUUGAUCCACAGUGUGGCCAACAACGCAGAAAGAAUCGGAUUGUCGGACGGGCCGUUCAAAACUAUUUUGGACACUGCCAAAGACUUAACCCCCGAGAAAAGGGGCGAGCUGCUCUUGCAGAGCAAUUCAAAUUCGGAGGCGCUAAAACUGAUUACUGCGCAUCAAGAGUUGGCCAUGGAGGGACAAACAGAGGUUAAUCCAAAUGAAAAAGUAAACCAUCAUUUUAUAGCCCUUAUAGAAAAAGGGGGGCAUUUAUAUGAAUUGGAUGGGCGAAAGGAAUUCCCAAUUAAUCAUGGACCAACCACAGAGGAUACAUUUUUGGAGGACUCUGCCAAAGUAUGCAAGGAAUUCAUGGAACGAGAUUCAGAAGACUUAAACUUCACCGUUUUAGCUUUAACAGCAUCAGACUAAAAAAUCACAUAAACAUAAAAAAUGACCAAUGAAAAGGCCAAAAUGCUUGAAGCCAUACCCAAUUAGAAACUUUGGUUUAUUUGUAAGUAAAUAUAAAGUGUAGGUAGAUUUUUUUAUCACAGGUAUAUUUUUAAAUAAAGUACGGAUUUAUUUGUAAAUGGUAUACCAUAUCAAGGUAAUUUAUAUUUUUUUGAUUUACUACAAGGUAAUCUUACUGAGGCUUUGAAUGUGCCUUGCAGAAUGCUUUGAGAUGUAAGAUAUUUAAUUUAAAUAAAUGUUUAGCUUUACAAAAA